CUCCAUGUUGCCUGACAGUGUCCAGUGGCGUGUUUACCUUUCCCUAACCUAAUUUUUUCGAAAUGGGGAUAAUCUCGAGUAACGCCUAUUUGGCUGUCUUUAGUGCAGGUACCCUAAUUGGGGCAACUUCGACGUACAUUCUCUUAAAAUAUUUACGCAAACUGCCGGUUAAUAACAACAUAUGGAAGCCCGGAAUGGAGGAACGUUUUGAGUUUGAGGACCCAAAUGACGAAUACCGGUUGAUAAUGGGCGUCCGAAAUGACCUAAAAAUGCAAAAAGGUAAAGUUGCGGCCCAAUGUGGUCAUGCUGCAGUGGCGGCGUAUGCGAAAGCCUUGAAUCACACUCCUAAAACGCUCAAAAGGUGGCUUAAAUACGGUGGGACGAAAAUUGCAGUUCGGGUUGACUCUGAACAGGAAUUGUUGGAUUUAGAAAAAAAAGCCAAAGAAUUGAAAGUUUUGGCGAGUGUGAUACGGGAUGCGGGACAGACGCAAGUGGCCCCAGGGUCACGGACUGUCAUUGCGAUAGGACCGGCCCCUAAAAGCGUCUUAGAUAAAAUAACUGGACAUUUGAAACUAUAUUAAUUCCUGCUAACACAAUUUGCUAAAGUCGAGGUCAAUUCAUAGUGGCCACUUCCCUGCAUAAAUUUGUAAAAAUUGAGUUGUGUGAAUCCGACUUUAAACAGCCAUUUGUUUUUUAGGGACAUAUCUACAAAAUUGGCAAUUCUGAAAAAGUCGAGUUAGAAUACUUCACAUUAUUGGCAAUACACAUGACGUCAUAACUUGUGUUAACCUGGGUAAGUCUGCGUUACCUUCUUAUGUAUGAACCGCUAGAGUUUACCAAAAUCUUUUGCGCCUGUCACAGUUGUUGACAUUUAGUUUCUUUUGCUGCCAACAGUGCCAACAUAGACACAACUCACACACUAGAUGUGACCAACUUUGCAAUAAAUUAAAUGGCCACCAUGAAUUGACCGCGACUUUACCUAAAUUAUUUAAAUUAUUAAAAACAUGCAAUAUAAGGGUGUGGAGUAGCCCCUAUUUGACUUAUACUUUUUUAUUCACAAUAACUAUAGCAACAGACCGAUUCCUAACCUUAUGGAGGCCGGGAAAUGUCAUUUCCCAUUUCGAUUGUAAUAUACUAUUCAUAACUACAAGGUUUUUGCUUUGCAAAAAUAAAGGAAAUAACAAUAUCACA